AUGGAUUCCAUUCAUACCAAAACUCGACAAUGGCAGAAGCCUUUAAUUUGGUCAGCAUGGUUGGCAGUUGUCGUUAUCGCCAUUGCGGGAUCAUAUCUUCACCAGCGUCCGGAGAAAGGAACUCCUCGUUUCGACUUUGACCCGCGCUUCAAACUUCCCUCGCCUCCAGUGGAUACGCCUUACUCAGACAAGGGCAAUUUGAUAGCCAUGGUUCUGACAGGAGUCAGUGGACUUUUCGCAGUCGCAUGCGGUGUCCGUGACGCCCGAAUCACGCGCUCAUUGUUACCGUUGGUCUUGCCUUUGAGUGGUGGCAUGAAUGUACUUUCAGAAACUAUGAUCGAUGUACUAGGAGCUGUUUAUUACCCUUGGCCUGAGAACUACGUUUCGUUCCAUAUUCUAGGACGCGAGAUCGUCCCUUGGAUCCCAAUCUGGUUCGGUUACGCGUCGAUAAUGCAGCUGGGGCUCCAACUGCUGCAUAAGAACGCGACAACUCGGGUGUUAUGGGCAUUUUUUGGAUUGACGAUGAUCUUGGAUCUGGUUCUCGAAGAAAUCUUGCUUCCAUUGGGGAUAUACGACUACUAUGGAAACCAGCCUCUUAUCGUACUGAACAAAUUCCCUUGGUGGUGGAUGGGGCCAAAUGCCGUCGCAGUAUUUUUGCCGACGGCUCUUGCGUAUCGCCUGCGACAUCUUCUGGUCAGCUGGAAAUCUCUCGCAGUAUUCUUCCUUACGCCAAUGUCGGUUUGUGCAGCAUACGGUCUGGUCGCGUUUCCAGCUUGGACUGCCAUCAACGACGAUUAUAGUUGGUUUGUGAGGGACUUUCUCGGUCUUCUAACGUUGCUCCUCGCACCCAUCGUGUUCUGUGGCAUCUUGGAGAUCGUAUUGGGAAGGCACCCGCUCGAUAUGGACGGGACUGGGAACUCUGAUCAGAUACCACCGACUCCGGAAGAAAACAUCAUUACAUAUCGGGAUGACUGCUAG